AUGAAAGGAUGGGUAAUCUGUCUUGUAUCCACUCUCGGAUGCAGUGCUAUGAUUAUAGCAAUAACAGGUAGUAUUGUAUUUGGUGUACAACGUCAUAAAGAAAUGAAUUUCGUCGAGAAUAUAUGUUUGGUAAUCGAUGCAGAAGCAAUUCUACACGGAUGUGGUGAAUCUAUGUGUUAUGCACCUGUAUGGACUGUUGAAUACAAUGAUAACAUAAUUAUAAAGCGUAGUAAUCAAACUAUUGCUCGGAUCACAGGAUCGAAUUCAUCAAAAUAUGCUAAAGCAUUGAAUGAACUAGAGAUGCAUCCUGUAAGUAUUAUUAAAUGA